AUGGCAAGUCCGUCGGAAUUUCACGACCGCGAAAUCGCAGCCUCAUAUCUCGCGGCAGCAGAUUUCAGAGUCUAUGACAACGACGGCGGCGAAGAAGAAGACGAUGAAGAGUACGUUACCUUUUCGCCGCCGUCGUCUAGGGUUUUACCCGACCUUCACCUGAGUCCUACCUACGACUUCUUUGAAGGAAUCAUCAUCCCUGACUGGGAACCGCUGUUUUACGCUCAAGAGGAUGGGAACAAACGCCGGAGAACCGAUGAAGGAGAGGGCUCAUCUUCACCCAUUGGUAGUCAAGGGAACGAGCUCAGCGACACUGACAUUGACGGCUUCAUUUGCCCUAUUUGUUUCGACGUUUGGACCAGUAGCGGUGAACAUCAAAUCUGUUGUCUUCCUUGUGGACAUAUAUAUGGUAUGUCUUGCAUCAAUAAAUGGAUUCGCCGGGAAAAAUAUAUGGCCAAGUGUCCUCAAUGUAAUAAGUAUUGCUCGUUGAAGGAUGUGAGGAAACUCUAUGUUCCACGCGUGAUUGCUGUAGAUGAAGAAGUUCAUAAGCGAAUUCGGUCACUCGAGGACAAAUGUGCUGCCCUUGAAAGCAAGGAUGGUGAUUGGCGCUUGAAAGAAGCUAAAUGGAAAGGGAGAGAAGCUGCAUUGAAUAUUGAAGUGCAGAGCCUCAAAGAGAGAUAUGAACGUGGUAAUCAUCUUUCAAGAACGUGGCAAUCUGAACUGAUGGAUGGCAAUGUGUAUUCUGAACAGAGAUAUGAACGUGAGCACAACCAGGGCCCGAAGUCCCAUGAAAAAAAACCGUUUUGCAAUUUUAAAUGUCAGAAUGUGUUACGUGUGGAUGGUGCACGUCUAUUUGAUAUGGACACUUCUAAUGAUGUUCUAUUAAUAGCACGAAAACCAAAAGCAUUCGGUGGAGUACAAUUGCUAACCAAAAUGAGCUUGAUAUCUCCAUUUGAGAUGGAGGAUAUCUUUUUGUCUUCCACUACAUGUGCUAUUAGAGACCUGCAUAUUUCUCCUUCUAACAGUAGACUGGCUCUCUAUGCUUCAGAAGGGAAGAAAUUAUCAGUGCUCAGCUUGGACAGUAGCGACAUUGUUGUCAAUUAUCGUCUACAGAAUCCUGCUUGGUCAUGCUCAUGGGAUCUCAACAGUACGAAUUAUAUAUAUGCGGGACUACAGAAUGGAUCUGUGAUGGUGUUUGAUAUGCGCCAAACUUCAGGACCUUUAAAAUCUUUAGUUGGGUUGACUAGCUACCCUGUUCACACUGUACAAUCUCUUUCACAAACUUCAAGCCUUCAUUCUGAUGCUAGAACCGUCCUAUCCGCAUCUGCCAGUGGCAUUUGUCAGUGGAACAUUGAUUCUGAAGAUCGGCCGAUUGUGGUUCCUGAAACUGACAAUCAAGGAGAGUGUAUUUCCCUUGCCUAUUGCUCUAGUAGUGAUCACAUUGUUGGUUCCUACCGUCCAAAGUAUGACACAUUGCCUACUCCUCAAGUUACUGUACAACGAGACCGGUGCUCUCAUGUCUUGUACAAGGGAAUGGGCAGUCAUGAUUUCCAGAAGAUGGGUUACACAUAUGGCAAUUUAUGGAAAGAUCGACUGCCAAAAUGUGCAGUUAUAGACAUGAAGAAUCAGGGUACAUUCUUUGCAUCUGGAGAUCAAUUUUCAAGGGAUUUGCUCUUGUAUGAGUUGCCAUCUUUCAGAGUUGUUGAGCAAUUCGACAUGCCAGCUCAGGCCCGUGAUGUUAGGUACUCAACUAGCCAUGGAGUACUUGGUUGUUUAAGUGAUAACACAUUAAAACUUUUCAAAAGAAAGGAAGAAAGUGAGAGUGCAUGACAACUUCCCCGUACCAAUUACCAAUCUUUCACGAGGAAGGUAAUCCUAUAAUCAGUGCAAUCCUUUCGAGAAAAUCAGUGAAGCUGCAUUUUUUGUAGUUCUAAAUUAUGUCUUCGAAUUUCAGCUGUACUUUGAGAUAUUUAUUACACUGCUAGGAGCCUACCAUUGCUUUGUUUGUUCUCUAAUUUUCUAAUUUUAUGUUAUUAGAGCACUAAUGUUGAUGCCAAUAUCGGAAUUUUGUGACAGUAGUGAGUAAUACAUGAAAGGCUUAAUAGCUUUUUGGUCCCUAACGUUUCACAAUUUGGCAAGGUUGGUCCCUCCAGGAAUUUAUUAGCCUGAAACGUCUCUUACGUUCACUAACCGUUGCAAUUUUAGUUUUCCGUCCACUUCCGUUAAAUAUUUAACGGUUUU